UGAGAGAGAGACAUGAAGGGAGAGGGAGGGAGAGAUGAAGAGAGAGAGGGAGGGUUAGGGAAAAGGGUGAGGGAGGCAUAGAGUAGAAAAUACGCAGAACUUAUUACUUGACAAAAGAGGGCAGGUACAAGAGGCAGGAGCAACAUGAGGGCUGUUGUGGGACUCUGGUCCGCUUUGACCCUCUUCCUCUUGAUGGAGGCCGUGAUCGCCCAGAGGAUCCCGGGCAAGAAGCCCACCAAGAAACCCCAAAGGAAACCGCUGGAUAGGAAAGCCACCCCCAGACCGGGCAUCCCUGAACCCCAGGAGCCCACAGACUUCCCGCCGCCCAUCUUUGGCCCCCCCUCCAUCUUCCCCGACUGCCCCCGCGAGUGCUCCUGCGACCCGUCCCACCCCAGCGCCCUCAACUGCGAGAACCGCAACCUCCGCAAGGUCCCGGUCAUCCCGGCCCGCACCCACUACUUAUACCUGCAGAACAACUACAUCUCAGAGGUGACGGCCGAGGCCUUCGCCAACGCCACCGAGCUGCGCUGGGUCAACCUGGCCAACAACCGCAUCCAGCGGGUGGACAAAGAGGUGUUUGCGAAGAUCCCGUCCCUGAUAUACCUGUACCUGCAGAAGAACCAGCUGAAGCAGGUCCCGUCCGCACUGCCGGUCGGCCUGGAGCAGCUAAGGUUGGGCAGGAACCGCAUCACCAGGAUCCCGCCCGGGACCUUCCAGAAGAUGGAGCGCCUGGUGUUGCUGGACCUGUAUAGCAACCAGCUGAGUGACAGCGGCUUGGGGAAAAACACUUUCAAGGGCCUGAGCCACCUGAUCCAACUGAACCUGGCGCGGAAUGUCCUCAAGAAGAUGCCCGCCGGUGUCCCGGCCAGCGUCAUUCAGCUGUUCCUCGACAGGAACAGCAUCGAAGACAUCCCGAAAGACUACUUUGAGAGCCUGGUUCAUCUGGCGUUUGUGCGGCUCAACUACAACCAGCUGAGCGACAGGGGCGUUCCCAAGGCCGUGUUCAACGUGUCCACUCUGGUAGACCUGCAGCUGUCCCACAACCAGCUCGCCUCCAUCCCGCUGUUCAACGCCCACCUGGAGCACCUGCACCUCGACCACAACAGCAUCGAGAGUAUCAACGGCACCCGGAUCUGCCCCCAAAGCCCAACGUCCGACUACGGUGACAUCACCCUCGUGCCCAAACUGAGGUACCUGCGUCUGGACGGGAACCAUCUCAGCCCGCCGCUGCCCAUGGACGUAGCCAUGUGUUUCAGACACCUUCACUCCAUCGUCAUCUAACAUCUGGCGAGGGGGGAGGGACGCACACACACACUCACACUCACACACGUGCACGUAAAAAGAAAAAAAGGAAACACACACACACACAUGUAUGCACAUGGACACAUGGAGAAAACAUACACACACCCACACACCGAUGUGAUCCCAUACAGACACACACACAGACACACACAGACACGCACACACACGCACACACAGACACACACAAACACACACACAGACACACACACACACACACACACACACACACACACACACACACACACAUACACACACACACACACACACAAACACACACACACACACACACACACACACACACACACACACACACAUGUGCACAAGUACACACACUGGCAUACAUGCGUACACAUCGACACACAGAACAGAAUGAAAUGGUGCAAAUGGUGCUCUCAGAAACAAACCAGUAAGAUACACUCCUAUAUAUAUACAUAUAUAUAUAUAUAUAUAUAGUGGAGCUAUUGUCCAGUCUGAGGGACCCUUCAAAAUGAAUGAAUGUAUUAAUCUUUACCUGGCCAGGUCCUGUUUUGUGUGUAGUGUGACAUAUCGUAACGACAGAAAACAACCAGCCUGGUCACCUUCUGCGUCUAUAUCAGUGUUUAAAGUUGAAGAUGUAUUUGUUUGUGUUUAAAAAUAUACAGAUACAAGAGUUAUUAACGGAAUCACUAAAAGACACUGACUGACAGGUAAGGGAUGUGCCUUUAUGAGCAUGUGGCAAACACAUUAUGUACAAUUAGGGUUUUACAAUCUCUUUAAUAAAGGGGAAGGGGGAGGUUACCCUACUUCAAAUAAAGUAACUAACUAAAUUGUUAGCAAUUGUUAGAAAAGUACUGUGAUAUCAAAUAAAUCAGUUUUAUAUGAUCACUAUCAAAAAAUGUGUGCUUGAUGUGCCUGUGUGUUUUAAUGUAUUCUGUGUUAUACAUUAAAAUAAUACAACAUAUUAUACUUUUUAUGUAUAAAAGCCUUGUACAGGAAAUAAAAGAUUUUCAUUAAUCAUU